CGAGCGACUCCUGGGAGUGUUAGCCGGUGAGUGUGCUGAUCUGGCGGCAGGGCUGAGCACGGAGUGAGGGGAUGUCCGUGUACCACGACGAGGUGGAGAUCGAGGAUUUCGAGUAUGACGAAGACACGGAGACAUAUUACUACCCGUGUCCGUGCGGGGACAGGUUCGCCAUCACCAAGGAAGAUCUGGAAAACGGAGAGGAAGUUGCCACUUGUCCCAGCUGUUCAUUGAUUGUAAGAGUUAUCUAUGACAAAGAUGAAUUUAUGCAAGGAGAAGUAGUAGCUGAACCGUUGCCAAAGAAAGCAGAAUUGGUGAAGUGCUAAAUAUCUUCGUUAUUGAUCUUUUAGUGACACUGAGCCAGAUCUCCAAGUUUGGACACUCACCGUUUGCCUUUAUCUUUGGGAAAACUGUAUCGAUCAAAACACUUCAACUGACUUGCAAAUGGAUUAAGUUGUUUUAUUAAUGCCGGAAACACCUGAAUAAACAAUGACACAACUAUAAUUGUGUCCUGAAAAGACACAAUUGGGCCAUGGAUUGGACAGGAACUGCCAAAUUAUUACAGAUGUGGCAUAUAAAACUCACAUAAUUUGAGAGGUGUUGCGUUCAAACACAAAUUGUCACCAUAUUAUUAUAGUUGGUAUUUUCAUGUUCUGUACUGCUCUCUUCUCAACAUGUUAACAGGAGUGGAUAUUUUAAUAUUUUUUUUUUUUCUUGCAAGCAAAUUAUUUUUGUUGUAUAUCGAAGCUGAAACACAAAAGCUAUUCUUUGGGAUUUUGUUUUCUGUUAUACAGAUUGUAAACAUUUACCCUGUUUAGAUUUCCAUCUAAGCUGAUGCAAUUUUAUUUUUUUUAAUCUAGAAAGAUGUUGUUUUAUAGUAAAUACUGUUGUUGAGCAAACCCCUUUCACAUCUCAUUUGAUGCAGGUGGAGCUGUACUUUGAUGUAUGUCACUGCAAAUAUUUGUUUUGAGGUUUAUGUCAUAGACAGACUGUACACAGUGCUCUCUCUAGGUUAAUCAUAAGUUUGUUUAACUUAUAUAUAGUUUUGGACUAGUGCUUCAGAAAACGAUCACUGUAUAAUUAACCACAUUCAAGCAAUAGAUCUAUUUUUUUAACAUGUUCUCAGGCUUUAUUCUAACACACUUUAAUUGCCAUGCUUAGUGGCAACCACCACUCAAGCCUCACUUUUUAUUUUUUUCCCCUUUCCCCCUAUAAAAUUAAGUGGGUUGUUUCUUGUAGGCCUUGGUAAACAUCAUGUUUUAUAAUUUGUUUAAACUACAAUGCCCAUGAUGUCUGUGAAAGUGACCAUUGACUUGUCCAAUGUAGCUUAAAGUCAAUUGAACAGCUUGAGGUUGGCUACUCAUGGUCUGCUUAUUUUGUAAGAAGCAAAAUAAAUAGUUUGUGUCAUGUAUGUAUGUUUACUAUGGGCUUAGAAAUAGAUUGUAAGAUUUUAAAAGAUUGCAUAGGAUGUUUUAUCUUGUCCUGGAGUCUACUUCUGUUUAAACAUGUUUACAAAUCCAAGAAAAGGAUCAGAAAAUUGAAUUUUCAAGAAAAUCUUGAGUUCUCCUGAAUGGUGCCAUUCUAAAAAUAUCAUGUUGCAGCACCCUACUAAAUUAGUAAUAUUCACUCAAUGUGUAGUUGUUUGAAAGCCAAGCAAUCCAUAUCUGCUAGAGAAAGGUUAACAGACUGGGCUAAUUAAUUCCAAUUGUAGACAUCAAGCGUGCAAAACUGGCAAAAAAUAUUUAUUGAUCUAUAUUUUUAUAUGUAUUUAUUU